AUGCCAAAGGAAAAGAAGCGAAAACGCGAAUCAGGGGCGAAUAAGUACAGCCACAAGUCGCACACAACACUAGAGGAUUCUCAACGAGAUGAUCAUGUCAAUGGACACGAAGUCGACACCUCCAAACCCUCGGCAGUUUUCCAACCCACAGGCGGUCGGUCGUACACAUUGUCUAUAGCCCUACCAGGAAGCAUCAUUGGCAAUGCAAAAUCUCACGAUCAAAAAACCUUCCUAGCCGGUCAGAUCGCGAGGGCUCUGGCGGUAUUUUGUGUGGAUGAAGUGGUCAUCUUUGACGACGAGGACGCUGAAACGCAGCAACAACGACCGACGAUGAAAGACAACGUAUACACAGCCUUUUCUCACCCAGACCAUUUCCUGGCUCACCUUCUCUCGUACUUGGAAACGCCACCUCACCUCCGCAAGACUCUGUUUGCUAUGCACCCUAAUCUUCGAACCGCAGGUACACUUCCCAGCCUUGAUAUGCCGCAUCAUUUACGUGCACACGAAUGGUGUGAGUAUCGCGAAGGCAUCACUACCACCGCCCUUGCCGACGGUAAAGGGACGUUGGUCGAUGUUGGCCUACCCGGGUUUUUACUGCUAUCGGGCGCAGAGAUACCUCCAAACACACGAGUAACUGUCCACUUGGAAGACGAAGAAUCCAAAAUCGCCGAAGCCGUCUCACCCAAUGCUCCACGGGAGGAAAAGGGGUACUACUGGGGUUAUGCGGUACGACAAUGCCACUCCCUCACAGACGUGUUCACCGAAUGCCCCUAUGACGGAGGCUAUGACAUUUCAAUUGGGACUUCCGAAAGGGGCCAGCCACUGGCAAACGUGCUCGGUGAACAACGCAUGAUUGAACCGACUGGCUACAAACACGUGCUUAUGGUCUUCGGUGGCGUGGCAGGCUUGGAAACUGCGGCCAAGAAUGACAAGAAUUGUCGAGAAAUCGGUCUUGUUGGGGAAAAAGUCAAGGAACUGUUCGAUGUGUGGGUAAAUCUGUUACCUGGCCAGGGCAGUCGCACGAUCAGAACAGAAGAAGCUGUUUGGCUCGGAUUGAUGGGCUUCAAAGGUUUCUUUGACCGUCUUGCAAAGAGUGCCGGAUUGCCUCGUGGAUGA